UCAGCAGCGUGAUGAAGACUUGUGUGGUCCUCGCUCUCUUCCUGAUGGCAGGUGUGUCUCUUGGAGACAUCCAGAAGAGAAUCAAAGGUGGAAGGGCGUGCACCGCUGAUGAAACCACACAUUUUGUUUUCCUGGGGAUCAAACAAAGUUUAAUUGGGGGAAAUGGCAUCUGUGCUGGUACCAUAAUUGAGAAUGGGAACUGGAUUCUCACUGCAAAACACUGCGAGGAAGAUAAAACGUUCCACUGGUUUUUCAGGUGGCUCUUCCCUAUCAACAUUAAGGACGUCACCUCAACUCUAGAUGUCACCUCGAGGAAAACUUUUAAACACGAGACUGCUGACGUCAUGCUGAUCAAAGUGAAGACCGGCAUGACUGGUAUGCCCUUGAUGUCUGAAGCUGACUGCAGCCGAGUCAUGAACCAAAUAAACACAAAACCUGUAAAGAUGGUCGUUCCUGCUCGGGACACGCAGGCUAGGAUAGACACUGGGAUUGCAGAUGUUUCCAUGUGUGCCGACAUCGACGUGGACGGAGUAGGCUUAAGUAAAACCAAAGAAAAGAUUGGAAGCUGGAUUCCUGGUGCCUGCCACGUCUGUGGUGGGGAUUCUGGUGCUGGAGUUAUUUAUAAUAACACUGUGUUUGCUGUUAUUACUGGAAGUGGCAUGUUUGGACAACACAAUACAGUAAAGCAUUAUGGACACAUCGUCUGUGAUGGAAACAUACGUAAUUGGAUUGUUACUACUAUGAAUAAUAAUCCUUAAAAGUGUCCUCGUUGUGUGAUCCUUGUUUGUGAGCAACAAUAAAGAGACGUCAGGUCUCCU